AUGCGGCAAGUUCUAGCGCUUGUGCUCGCCGCCGUUUGGUCAGCUGUCUCCUCUCAGAUAGCUUGGACGCCAAUUUUUCUCGACGCCGGCAGUCAAAUAGAUCUGUGGACGCAGUCUUCGUCGGGCUGCGCUUGCCCGGGCGAUGGCACGGAAGACUGCGCGUGUUGUGUGCGGGACGGCGCGUGCCCUUGCGGCGAUCUGGCCCCAGGGCGGUGCGCACAGUGCGGUCUCGAACAGUACUGCUCCAACAUGUGCAACAUCACAAUCGAUUCGCGUGUCCUCAAAAGCAAGUCAGGCAAGACGUUCGGCCAGAUCAAGUCGCCAUCGAUCGAGGGACCUGGAGCGUGCUCCUACUUCUUGCAACCGGAUGCAGGUCAGCGAGUCGAAAUACAGCUAUACAGACUCGUCUCCGUUGGAAGGUUUAAUGGAUCUAGUUGUGUCGGUGGCUGGCUCCAACUAAGCGGAGCAACAGCUGUACGAAAUGUAGACGGAGUUGGAACACGCCUUUGUGGCGAAAACGAACGUUACAGUCCACCCGUAGUACUAUUCGCUGAUCACGGCGCUUCAACUCUCGAUUUUAGGAUAACAGAGAAAACGGUGAGAUCACAGUUUCUGGCUUUCUUCAGUUUUACUUCUUUAAGUAAUACGCAAGGAGUGGGAUUCCAUCCUCGCGGCGGGUCGAGAAUUCCGCAUACUGAUUGUGACUGGCUAUAUCAGGACAUAUCAUGUCGUGGUGCGGGCACAUGUGUUCUUGCCAGUCCUGGUUAUCCUGGCCUAUACCCUCCUCAUCGGCGUUGCAGAUACCUUUUUGCCACAAACUCAGUGCACACGCGCGUCAAGAUCAUUUUUACAUCAAUUCUUUUGCCAGAUGACCAUUGCAUAACGGACUAUUUAACGCUACGAGCUGGUAGUUCUCCAUCGGCCCCUCUGCUGGCUACAAUUUGCCUGGAAAAGAGUGCAACUUUAGAAUAUCCCGGACCGAACUUGCUGUUGGAAUUCAACUCCGGGCCACUAGUACCACCAUAUAAUUAUAAUGGGUUUAUAGCAAAACUAGAGUUCUUGGAAAGAAUGGAAACCAGUGAACCGCCACCUACUGUUGUGGUAGCAUCACCGCCUCUGGCUGCUUUAACACAUCUCACACAUCAUGUGGACAGGACUGCUCCCUUGGAGAACACGGUGAUCACAAAUGAGAUAGUGUCACACAACAAGGCCAACGGUCGUGUUGGCUGCGGUGUGAGUGUGCGCGGGUACGGUGCGGGUGGCGUGCGCUCCGGGCACUUCGACACCCGAUCGACGCCGUGGCGCACGCAAUGCACGAUACAUCUGCUCGGAUCUCCAACGGACGUUGUUCAAGUGUCACUGUUCAAUUAUAAUUUAAGGUUACAAAGCUGUCGAUCUCAUAUUGAGAUAUUGGAAGGGUAUUACGAAUUUAUCGGCCGAGGGGAAAAGGGAAACAGGUCUGAGCGAGGUGAUCGGGCACUGUUAAGAGUUUGUGGCCCCUACGUACGCGAAGCCCGGGAUCCAGCGGGGAGAUUCCUUAUUCGCCAGGCUGUUACUUCAAAAGGCGCAAAUAUAACAAUUCUGGUUCGGCGUGCUUCCAGCCAAAGUGUCGAUGAGGAAGAGUUCGUCGAUGGGGCAUUUGCAUUUCACGAUGAACAACAUGAAGGUACGAUAUCACCCGAUGCUACUUGUGCUACAACUCAUUAUGGAUUUUCAUCGCAACGCCAUGGUGGCGUGUCUGCACCAUCACACCACCACAUUUUUUGGAAUAUUGAGGAGCGAUUGUUAUGCACACAUCUUUUUAUGCCAGCUGUCAACCAGAGCGUAACUAUAGAGAUCCAACGGCUAGACAGAAUGUGGAGCGCGGAGCCACCUGGGACAGCUCCAGCUGGCUCAAUGGGCUGCAAGACCGCUUGCGGUGACGCUGGCUGUGAAUGCCGUGCUGCUACAGCGUUGCUCUACCACGACCACAUUGCGCUAGUGGCCAGCGACGGGACUCACCUUUCUUGUCUCUGUGGAGAUUUUCAAGCUGCUUGGUUGCCGGUGGUAGUUCGGAGUUGGACUAGUUUGAGGUUGGAGUACUCGGUAGCCCAUUACACAUACGCUAGUCGGGGAUUUGAUUAUGCAGCUGCAUACAGCUUUAAUGACGACGCCAUGUGUGGACAGCGCACAUAUACAACUCACUCAGGUGAAAUAUCCUCGAGAAAUGUCUCCGUUACUGGAACAUUAAACGAGUUUUUCUAUCAACAAUGUACUUGGGUGCUAGAUUCAAAUGUUGAAAGGCAGCUUUUUAUCGAUAUUUCUUCUGAACAGGAUAAAUCCUGCGGAUCUUGGAACAUCACUCUUCACGAAUGGUCAGGCAUUGGUACCCAUAGUCCGGAGGGGCUAGCAGCUGCGGCAGGCGAACUGCUCUAUACUUUUUGCGCACGUCAUAAAAACCACACUUACACCCUGCCCUGGCGACUAAAUACUGUGGUUAUUAGGUUAGUCGCCUUGUCGAGACAGCAACCUUUGUAUGUGAUCCGGUGGAGGUCGCAAGUGGUGCGUGCUAACACCCGACUUGGCCCACCGACGCCGGCGCCAGCGGCCGCCGCCUCCGCCUCCCCUCUGCUAUUGUCCCGAAUUUAUUUCACCGUUUUAUUAUUACAAUCGUUGGUACGACUUCGUCGCGAUUGU